AAAAAAACCCAACCCCCGAUUUAUCACCUCCCUCCUCUGUUCUCUCCCCUGUUCCCCCUUCUCCACCCGACGAAGCCAGCUGAAGAUGAAGAGAGAAAGACACUUCAAUCAUUCGCCAAUCUUUUGCAAGGUAAGGGAAGAGACGACUAUGGCCAGGCCACACGACGGCAGUGGCGAGGCCCUACGACGUCGGUGGCAGGGCUUAGCGACAACGACGGUGAGGCUUUGCACGGCGACGACAAGGAUAGAGAAUCGAUUCUCUCACCGCGAGGGUUUUCCCAGCAAGCCCUAUUCGAUCUCCCUUCGUGGGUUUAAAAGAGAAGAGGAAAGAGAAUAUUAUUAAAAUUAAAAAUUAAAAGCAAAAAUGAAAGACCAUGUUUUA